AUGACAAUUUUGGCGACUAGAAAAAAGUCGGGAAUAACUUCGAAUAGCAAUUGUGGUGCCGCCAAAAGGGCUAUGAGGAAAAGAAUUUUAGCUGCUAAAAGUGCAUUAAGACGGUUAUCGAAUACUUCCUCCUCUUCUAAUGUUCCAACUUCGUCCAGUGAUUUAUCAACGAGUACUAUAAUGGCUAAAGGGUUAUUUUGUAAUGGAGAGGAUGAAUUAGGUAAAGAUUUACUGUUUAUCAGAAGUGAUGGACACAAUAGGGAGGGAGCUGUCGGAAAUUGGGAUUGGUCCAAAUUGAACUCGGAAAUUGCAAAAAAAUCUAUGGGGAUUAAAAAAAUAUUGGAAAUCGAGGUAUUCUGACUAGUGAUCGGAC